AUGGCCGAGACAGCCUCCGCGGGCGCAAGCCAACCCUCCCACCCAAAGCUGACCGGCAGGGCUUUCUACGAGAGUAUUGGGAGCCCCAAAGUGAUCGUGGCUCCCAUGGUCGAUCGCUCAGAAUUCGCUUGGAGACUCCUGACCCGGUCCUACCUAGACAAAGAGCGGUCGAAGUCGAUGCUGGCCUACAGUCCGAUGUUCCACGCAAGACUGUUCAAAGAUUCUGCCAGAUUCCGCGAUGACCAUUUCCAGCCCACGAAGAGCAGUUUGGCCUCGACGGAGAAGUCUCCGUCACCUCCUUGGCUAGACGGGAACCCGAAAUUCGACAGACCUCUAUUCGUGCAGUUCUGCGCGAACAAGCCCGAAGAGCUACUGGAAGCUGCGCGGUACGUCGCUCCGUACUGUGACGCGGUGGACCUGAACCUCGGAUGUCCUCAGGGAAUUGCCAGGUCUGGCCACUAUGGUGCAUUUUUACAAGAAGACUGGGACACCAUCUAUAAGUUGAUCAACACAUUGCACAAGGAGCUGUCCAUUCCUGUGACGGCCAAAAUGAGGAUUCUGGAAACUCGAGAGAAGACGCUCGAGUACGCGAAGAUGAUUCUUUCGGCGGGUGCAAGCAUUCUGACCGUCCAUGGCCGGCAGCGCGAGCAGAAGGGCCAUAAGACAGGGCUUGCAGAUUGGUCGGCAAUCCGGUAUUUACGAGAUAACCUACCCCUUGAGACAGUCCUCUUCGCCAACGGGAACAUCCUCAACUCGGGAGAUAUCGAAACCUGUCUGGCCGCGACCGGAGCCGACGGCAUCAUGAGCGCCGAAGGCAACCUAGCUGAUCCCACUAUCUUUUCUGAGCCACCCAAGGAGCAUGAUCCGCGACAAUAUUGGUACGGGCGUGAUGGCAAAGGAGGAUACCGGUUGGACGCUGUGUUUAGGCGCUAUCUGGACAUUAUCUACAAAUACUGUCUGGAGCAAGACCCACCAGUUCGGGCUCCCUUGUAUAUCCCCGGCGAUCCCAAGACCGGAGACGAUACCCCCCAGCCGAUACUGGUCGAGGAGGAGGAAGACGAAGGCCCCAAGAGGAAGAAAAGAAAGCGGAAUGUGCAAGAGAGUGUGGGCCCGAGCCCGAACCUCAAGUCGAUGCAGGCCCAUUUGUUCCAGCUUCUCCGACCCAUGCUCGCCCAGCACACGGACAUCCGCGACACACUUGCCAAAACGAAGUCAGGCGAGGUGGCCAAGUUCGAGAAGAUCCUGAGCAUGGUCGAAGCAGCGGUGCGGAAAGGUCUUGACCAAGACCACGAGCCCUCUGCAAGCCAGCCAGCCGAUGUAGAUGCAGAUGCAGAAACAGCCACGGCUCUGCCAUCAGCGGGAGAAAACACGCCUGAAAAUGCAGCCGAGUCGACGCCCAGACAGAAGACAGAAGCCAUAUACAAGAGGCCCUGGUGGGUGUGUCAGCCGUACAUCCGGCCACUGCCAGAGGAGGCCAUUGAGAAGGGGUCUUUGCAACUCAGCAAGAAAGAAUUAAAGGCCAGGAUGGCUGCACAAGAAAGAGAGGCUGCUGAGGCGGAGGCUGAGAAGAAGGCUGAGGCCGAGACGAAGGCUGAGGCCGAGGUGAAGGCAGAGGCAAUAGAGGCGAAGGCAGACCAUCCCAAUCCCAUUCCCAAUCAGAGGAACGGCGUCGAUGGUACGACUGAUCGACCAGAACACAAACACACCAGUCCUGUAGAUGUGAAUGGGAAUGUGAAUGGAUCGGAACAACCCCUGGGGCCAGACCCGACUACGGCCUCAGGCGAACUGCCGAAUCCGAAGGCCGGUCUGGUCUGUGGCUGA